AUGUCUCUGGCGCCGAGCUCCCCUCGUCUGCCCAGCCCCCCGCCGCCGGCAGAAAUCCAGAUAGGGCCAAACUCCCCCUCGGGAGGUCCUGCGGCGACUCUGGCGACCACCGAGAUGGAACAGUCGCAUCUGGAUGCCAGUUCCUCUCGGCGGAUACACCCCGGGACAAAGGCUGCAGACAUGGCGGCUGGUCCUCCAUUGGUGCCACUGAGCGAGCUAGAUUCACCAUUCCAACUUCAAGAGCAUCUCGCUGCUCUCCACUAUCACAGCACCGCCUCCGGCACGCAGCCACUGACUCGCGCCUCGGCCCUUCAGCUCGCCCAACCUCCCCCAGGCAUCGACCGCACUCUCUGGCUCUACGAGCUUUGCCGCUUCCUCAUCUCGCAGUGCAACUCUCUCAUCGUUGGCUUCCUCUUCGACACGCCGCCAUGCAGCGCCAGCACAUGUCCCGAGAUGCGCGCGUCGGAAUGGCAGUUUCUCUGCGCCGUGCACGAGCAACCUAAGAGCUGCUGUGCCAUUGACUACUGCUGCCAUACCCUCGACUGGGCCGCCAACGUCGUCUCGGACCAAAAAAUCUUCCCCAGCCGCUUCGUCGUGGUCAACGAUAUUCAUAGCAAGAAUGUUGGCGUCAAGAGCCUGGUCAACGUCUUCCGUCGGCUGCACCGCAUCUUUGCGCACGCCUGGUUCCAGCAUCGCAGCGUCUUCUGGGCCGUCGAAGGGCAGACCGGGCUCUAUGUCUUCUUCAAGACCGUGUGCGACCUGUAUGACCUGCUACCAGCUGAGAAUUACAAGCUGCCUCCCGAAGCAGAAGGCCUCGAGGCGCCACCAGAGUUCGAUGUCAUGGCCAACAGAGCUCCUCCGCCUCAGAUCCUAAAGCCCCAGACUUCUCAACCCAGCGCAGGCGAGCUCGAGGACGACGGCUCGCACGGGUCGGUCAACCGCACAAACACUCGCAGGCACAUCAGGAGCAGCCCAUCCACCGGAAGCUCUGUAACAACCGUCAUGGAGGCGGAGGAAGAAGAUGCCGAUGGAGUUUCUCGCAGACUGAGAAACAUGCACUUGGCAGGCCCCGACGUCUUGGAAGAGGAACCUGAAGUCGCCGAAGUCCCCGUCAUCGUCGAGCAAUCAGUAAUCUCCGGUCCACCGCCUCCCCUCUUUCUACCGGUCUCUGACCCCGGGCAGGACGAAGCAGGCACCGUAUCUGACUUGUCAGAUGUUGGUCAACAAACAGGGGUAUCGGAAAGCAUUGUGGAGAUUACAGAUGAUGACGUUACUAGCGUUAUUGACGUCUCUGACGCACAUACCGCUGAACGGGAGGAAGAGACGACAGCCGCGACAGCAGAUGGUGACGCGCCCGAUGCGAAGGACACCUCAGAUGCAGCCGAGAAACCAUCCACAGCUGAGCAUGCCGCUGAACCCUCAGUGGAGGAACCAGCAGCACAAGAUCAACAGCCCACAGCAGCAGAGGCAGCAGAGGCAGCGGACGUGGAAAAAGAAGGGGCCCAGGGUGAUGAAAAGUAG